AAUUUUUAUUGUUUAUUUUUCUUUUUUCUUUUUCAAAUUUUAAAUUUGUUGUUGUUGCGUUGCGACACAAUUCUGCACUCCCUCACUAGCUCCGCCCUCCCUCACUAGCUCCCUUCCAAGCCCCGCUCCCCGCAUUCAUCAUGACGGUCAUCGCGUGCGAGUGGCCGUACAUGACGUUCCCGGCGUGCAACCAGACGUUUGCCGAGUUUAUGGGCUCGACGUACACUGGGUAUCAAGUAGUCUUUUGCCUCCUCUUCAUCCCGCUUUUCCUGGUGACGCUUUGGCAAUAUCUGCUCGCCAUUCAAAAGCAGCACUGGUCCUUCAAUCCGGGCCAAGACGUCCAAGUCCAGAUUCUCACUCUCCUCGUCAUUGGCACCGCCACCAUGGUUGUUCGCGCUGCCGACGUCUACGGCUGGGCCGGCAACAUUUCCAUCUACGUGAAUAACCUCAUGUACGACAUCGGGUCGGCGGCAGGCGUCUGCUGCGUGUUUGUCAUUGUCUGGUCGUGGUACUCGUUCCUGUCAAAGUCGACCUUCAAACGCACCACCAGCAAGCUCCCGCGCCUGUUCUACCGCGGCAGCAUCAUUGUUGUCUGGAUUACACAAAUCGUCUGCUGCACGCUGCAGUACAAUGCCGGCAUCUACUGGCAGGCAGUCAUCGUCAAGUAUGCCAUCACCAACGCCAUCAUGUUCUCGUGGCUUGUGUUUGGCUUUUGGUAUGGCCUGCAGAUCUACCGCAUGCUGGUGAUUGCAGAGAAGAAGUUUGGCAAACUGUCAGAGUCGACUGCUGGGUCGUCGCAUGCGCGCCCUCAAGCUGCCGAUGUGAGUGGCGAGGAAGCCACCGAGGAGGAAGUAGCUGAGGAGGACGACGACGAUGCCGAUGUCGAAGCAGGCACCGCGCAGCAGCCGAAUCCCAACAACCGCGCGUCGGGUGGCUCGCUCCGACUGAAGACAAACCCCGCCGUUGCUGGUGCUGCCGCCGCCCCAACAGCUUCCAAACACAAAUCAUCGCGCACCUCGCGGUCCACCGGCGGCAAUAAUGGAGAGGGCAUCCGCUCGCGAAGACGCGCGCGUGCCAUUCGCAAAAUCUUCGCCCUCUUGCGCAUCAUGAUUGCCGUCCUCGUCGCAUGCGUAGCCGUCCUCAUUUGGUCCAUCUCGUCCAACGCAUCCUCCCAGUACGACCUGAAGGUCGAUGGCAAGCCGCUGGAAGUGCCCACCGGCUCCUUCUCAAUGGUCACCCCUGGCCUUUUCGACUAUGUGCACUUUAUCGCCUUUUGCGUGCUGCUGCAUGCAUACCGAGUCACUGGUGCGCAGGAGAAGCCUGUGACCCAGGACACAACCGAAGAUACUGAUCGCAACUCGACGCUCAAGUCCUCGCAAAAGCGACGCAAGGCAAAUCGCGACAGCUUUGACCGGAGCGAGUAUCCCAGCCAAUACGAAAAGUCCGUCGCGCAACCAGAGCCAGCUCCCGCGACGUCGUCGCAGUCUGACUUGAUUGUGCAUUCGGUCGCACCGAGUUCGCCCAAACAAACACCAAGUUCGCCCAAAAAACAGCAUGCCGCUGUCGAAGCUCAGUCGCUCGAAUCGCCGAUGCAAGGCGCGGAGGAUUUGCAAGAUGUGGUUCUUGAGAUUCCCGAUGAAGUUCGGACUUCUGAAUGAAAAGCCACUUUGAAAACGCUAGCAAUUUUUUUAUGCGACAAUCCGCCCUGCUAGCCGUGGCGUCUCACCUGUUUAUACGGCUACAAACGUUGUUUUUUUUGGUCUUGUUGUGUUUGUUUUCUCGCUCGUUGUCGGUGCUGUCUGUUGUUGUUGUUGUCGUUGUCGUUUUUACUUUCUUUUCGAUUUGUUUUUGAUUUGCUUCGAUUUGUUUUGUUGUUUGUCUCGUUGCGUUGUUGUUAUUGUUGCGGUUGCAGGUUGGCCUCAAUCUUUUGUGUCGUAUGUUUUUCUUUGUGCUUUUUGUUUUUCUUCCUCGUUGUAUUAAGAGUACAACGAUGGAUUCAAUUUCAAAUAUUUUCAUUGAUGUCAAUUUACUCGAACAAUAGAACUGAGACA